AUGCAGCCACUCACAUUCAUGGUCUUACUUUUCGCUAGCACAUCUUUUGCUGCAACCACUCCAGCAAGAAAAGCUGCAACGCCAGCAGCAGUUGCCAGAGUUGCCUCACCAAAGCCUCUUACUCCUUCAAACCCACCCACCGCAGUCGAUGUCAAGAACUCACUAAACAACUGGGCCACUUCCGUCAAUACCGUCAACGCAUAUCUCGACGACCCCAACAACUCCACCAAGCUCACCUCCGCCAUCGCCUUCGCCAAAGACGAACCUGUCCAACUCGGCACGCUCAUGAAAACCCCCAACUUAUCCGCAGCCGGAAUCAAGUCGGCCAAAGUUCUCAUGGGCAACUUUCCCUCCAUCGUCUCCAAUCUCCAAAACGUUAAAGCCGGCGUCAUGUCAACGCCAGACGCGACCAUGGCCGUCAAUUUCAACAGAUGCUGUACCGUACUCCCCAACAUCGCCACCCUCUGGUCCGCAGCCGCGAAUGCGAGUAAGGUGCAGGAUAAACCACCCCCGAAUCUGGAAGCGCAGUGUGGGAUGAUGAACUGUAAUGUUGGCGUUAGUGGGGCUCAGGCUUCGAAUGUAACAGGGGCAGCGAUGGUAUCGGGUGUGGCGAGGGUGAGAUAG